CAGGUUUGACUCGAGGGGUUUAAGCCACCUUCUCUUUGGUUAGAUAACUUCAGAUUUAUAUCUUUUCGGUGGCACAGUGCCACAGUAGAUUGCUCUGCUGCCAUGCCACUUAGACCUAAUUGCUGCUAUAGCAAUCUAAACUCUACCUACAUUUUUCCUCCGAAGCUACCUUCAAUCUCAAACUCCACAACUCAGUUCAAGCAGUUUGGCUUCUUUAAUGCAUCUCCCACUGUUACGAGCUUCGGGUUGAGUUCGAGAGACGCCAGACUUCGUCGCGGAUUUGAACGGAUAUGGAACCCUUACUCUCCUUCGCCUUGGGUUCGCAAAAAACGCAGCAGCUGUGUUUUUGUAGUAAGGGCUGCGGGCUCAGAUUACUAUGCUACUUUAGAUCUCAAUAGAAAUGCGACGUUGCAGGAAAUUAAGACCUCUUACAAGAAACUUGCUCGCAAGUAUCAUCCAGAUUUAAACAGGAGCCCUGGGGCAGAAGAAAAGUUCAAAGAGAUCAGUGCAGCAUAUGAGGUCCUAUCAGAUGAUGAAAAAAGAUCUUUAUAUGAUCGGUUUGGUGAGGCAGGUCUGCAAGGAGAAUAUGCUGGACCGGGUGUUGAUUCUCAGGGGAUCGAUCCUUUCGAAAUCUUUGAUGCAUAUUUUGGGGAAUCAAAUGGAUUAUUUGGAGGCAGGGAGUAUUCAAAUAAUCGCAACCUGGGUCUUGACAUUCGGUAUGACUUGUCUUUGAGCUUUGAAGAAUCAAUUUUUGGAGGACAGCGGGACAUUGAAGUUUCCUGCUUUGAAACAUGUGAUGAUUGUGAUGGUACAGGUGCAAAAUCUAGCAGUUGCAUAAAAUCAUGUACAGAUUGCAGAGGUAGAGGAGGGGUGAUGAAAUCUCAGAGAACACCUUUUGGGAUGGUGUCUCAGGUUACCACAUGUUCAAAAUGUGGUGGUGAUGGAAGGAUAAUCACUGAUCGUUGCCGAAGGUGUGGUGGCCAAGGUAGAAUACAAUCCGAACGAAGUGUCAAAGUGGUCAUCCCUCCUGGUGUGAAUAAUGGAGCCACCAUGCAAGUUCAAGGAGAAGGGAACUUUGAUAAGAAAAGGGGUGCAGCUGGUGACCUCUAUUUGUUUAUUCAUGUAAAUGAAAAACGUGGAAUUUGGAGGGAUGGUCUGAACCUUUACUCGAAGAUUAAUAUUGAUUAUACUGAAGCCAUUCUAGGGACUGUUGUCAAGGUGGAAACAGUUGAGGGUUUGAAAGAUCUUCAAGUUCCUCGCGGGAUUCAACCGGGUGAUACAAUAAAGUUGUCUCGAAUGGGUGUGCCAAACAUGAAGAAACCUGCAGUUCGUGGUGAUCAUCUCUUCAUCGUGAACAUUGAGAUCCCAAAGGAUAUCAGUGAUACAGAACGCAUACUUGUUGAAAAGUUAACUACAUUGAGGGCAUUUAAGAGACACCACUCCUUUCCUGCCAAUGUUGAAACCAACCUUGACGAACAUGACUCUGAAAAUCAACGGAGCAAUGCUUCAAGCAAAGGAACUAAUCAGUUUACAUCGUUAUGGAACUCAAUAAGAAACUUCUUGGGGCGAAAGCAAUCUAGCUCAGGAUUUGCAUCGUUUAAUGUGGAAACAUCAGCUCCAAUGUUAACUUGUAGCAGACAAAAUUCUUCAUUUGUGAUCUCUUUUUCAAUGGUUUUUGUAUUAACCUUUAUCUUUUCCUUGACAAUGGGUAGGACUGGUUCCUCCAAUGGCCAAGUUGCUCCACUCCACAUAAAGCAACAAAAAAACCCUCACUGAUGGACCCUAUUGCAAUAUGUAGUUUGUUGUCCCAUAUUGUAAUACAGAAUGGAAAUGGGAUGGACAAUUUUAUUUAUUUUUGCCAUCCAUCCCUAAAUGUCAAUGAAAAUUAAAUUUCUUC